AUGAACGCUCCCGAUCGCUUCGAGCUCUUUGUGUUGCCUGAUGGUGUCAAAAAGCUAACCAUCACUCCUGAUACAAAGAUCCCUAAUGCAGCCACAUUCAAAGUCGAAAAGGAAGACCACACUCUUGCCAACAUGCUAAGAAUGCAACUUCUUGAGGAUCCCAAGGUUUUAUUUGCGGGAUACAAGAUGCCACAUCCUUUGGAUCAUUACUUUAUCCUCAAGGUCCAAACAACACCAGAUACAACUCCAGCGCAUGUUCUUGGAAAUGCGCUUACAGAGUUGAUUCAGAAUGUUGGAAGCAUGAAAAACAAGUUUGAGGUAAAAAGAGUGCUUUUCUGUUACUUUCUUUUAUGUAAUGGAACCUCAUCGACGAUAUGGGCUUUUCAUUUUUUUUUUUUUUUUUUUUUUUAUCUUGCUUAUCAUUUUUUUUUACUUCCUGGUAAAUUUUACUGA